AAUGCAGAUAUUUUAAUGCCAAGACACCUGCAUUUCGACCUACUACAGACGAACACCAACCACUGUGCCCGGGCACAGGACCUGCUCAUGCAGUGCCUGGCAGAGUGGAGAAUUGCUGUUGCGGUCGUGGCUGAACCCUACUUUGUCCCCCCCCAACCCAGUUGGUUCGGGGACACAGAGGGAUUAGUCGCCAUAGUGGUGCCGCCUUCGAGCCCACAACCCCUCUCCCUCAGGGAGCGAGGAGCGGGCUACGUGGCGGUGAACUGGGGAGAAGUAGUACUCAUAGGAGUCUACUUCUCCCCAAACAGGAACCUCCGGCAAUUCGAGAGGUUCCUAGAUGGCCUAGAGCCGGUUGUGCAGAGAGCAUCACCGGCCCAGGUCAUCGUGAUGGGGGACCUCAACGCUAAGUGCGCAGCGUGGGGGUCCUCCAUCACUGACCUGAAAGGGGCGCUUCUCCGGGACUGGGCCGCCAUGAUCGGCUUAGUUCCGGAGAACCAAGGCAACGCCAACACGUGCGUGCGCCGACAAGGGGGAUCAGUCGUGGACGUCACGUUCGCGACCCCCGGCAUCGGUGCACGCAUAUCGUGUUGGCGUGUCCUUGAGGAGGUGGAGACCCUGUCCGAUCAUCUGUACAUCCGGUUCAGGGUCUCCACCGCGCCCCAGGAGUCACAAGCCCGGACGGCGGCGACAGGACAGCGAGGCGCCCAGGGCUUCCCAAAGUGGCAACUCUCGCGCCUCGACCCUGACCUGGCGGAAGAAGCCGCCAUCGUCCGGGCAUGGGCGGAGGAACCCCCCCAAACGGUGGGGGUCGACGAGAGGGCGGUGAGAUUUCGCCGUGAUCUGACCGCCGUCUGCAACGCCGGAAUGCCCAGGGCGCGACGUGGUUUCGCGCCCCGGAAAGGUGUGUACUGGUGGUCGCAGGACCUAGCCGCCCUGCGCUCCGCCAGUAACGCCGCCCGACGGGCAUUCACCCGGUGCCGCAGACGGCGGAACAGAACAGAGGAAGAGCUGGAGCGCCUUUACACCGAGCUGAGCUCGGCAAAGAAGGCGUUCUCCAGUGCGAUCAAGGCCGCCAAGGACUCUGCCUAUGCGGAGUUCUUGGCGACCCUAGACGCAGACCCGUGGGGGCGCCCAUACCGCAUGGUGCGGGCGAAGCUGAAGGUGGCGCCCCCCACGGAAACGAUGGAGCCGGCGGUCCUUAGCGCGGUGGUCGAAGGGCUGUUCCCGGAUAGCCCCCUUUUGUACCACCGCGCAUGA